AGGACAACACAUUAGCUACUGCCCUCCAGCUCCUUUCAGUGUUGUUUCCGUAAAGGACUUACAAACUGGGGAGGGCGGUGGCUUCCAAAAGCGCACAGGCGUGCCUUUUCCAACUUAGUCUUCUUAUUUUCCCUUUCUGCUCCAUAACUACAACGUAUUUCUGUUCGUAAUCAUCUUGGCUUGUCCUUACCUCUGCUUGUAAGAAAAGUCUUUUGCGCCAUUCCCCUCCAAGCCCCAGGGAAGAGCCUGGAAAAGCGCUUACACCUCAGACCCAGUGUCGCUCGGCCGUCAAAGGAGCGAGCCACAUAGAAAACCCCGAGAUAGGACCGUGGCCCCUAGCUGGGCCCGGGUAACGAUGCGGGGCAGGGAGCGCAGGCGGCCGGGGAGGGCGGCGGCCCCUUUAAGAGCAGGCCACGCCCCCUCCGCUCCUCCGUUCGCGGCCAGCGGUCGGUGGCGGCCGCUACGGUGCUGACAAGAUGGCGGCUGGCGGAGCUGUCGCUGCGGCGCCCGAGUGCCGGCUUCUCCCCUACGCGCUACACAAGUGGAGCUCCUUUUCCUCCACCUACCUUCCCGAGAACAUUUUAGUGGACAAACCAAAUGACCAAUCUUCAAGAUGGUCUUCAGAGAGCAAUUAUCCUCCCCAGUACUUGAUUCUAAAACUCGAAAGGCCUGCUAUAGUUCAGAAUAUCACAUUUGGAAAAUAUGAGAAAACUCAUGUUUGCAAUUUGAAGAAAUUUAAAGUCUUUGGUGGCAUGAAUGAAGAGAAUAUGACAGAGCUGUUGUCCAGUGGCUUAAAGAAUGAUUAUAACAAAGAAACAUUCACCUUGAAGCAUAAAAUUGACGAACAGAUGUUUCCUUGUCGAUUCAUUAAAAUAGUUCCACUCUUGUCCUGGGGACCCAGCUUUAACUUUAGCAUCUGGUAUGUUGAACUUAGUGGCAUUGAUGAUCCUGAUGUAGUACAACCUUGUCUCAACUGGUAUAGCAAGUACCGUGAACAGGAAGCUAUUCGCCUUUGCCUAAAACACUUCAGACAACACAACUAUACAGAAGCUUUUGAGUCACUGCAAAAGAAAACCAAGAUUGCACUGGAACAUCCCAUGUUAACAGAUAUUCAUGACAAGCUGGUGUUGAAGGGUGAUUUUGAUGCUUGUGAAGAGUUGAUUGAAAAAGCUGUAAAUGAUGGCUUGUUCAAUCAGUAUAUCAGUCAACAGGAAUAUAAACCACGAUGGAGUCAAAUCAUUCCCAAAAGUACCAAAGGUGAUGGGGAAGAUAACCGACCAGGAAUGAGAGGAGGCCAUCAGAUGGUUAUUGAUGUUCAAACAGAGACUGUUUAUUUGUUUGGUGGCUGGGAUGGAACACAAGAUCUUGCUGACUUCUGGGCGUACAGUGUGAAGGAGAACCAGUGGACAUGUAUCUCUAGAGACACUGAAAAAGAGAAUGGUCCUAGUGCCAGAUCGUGUCAUAAAAUGUGCAUUGACAUUCAACGGAGGCAAAUCUACACAUUGGGGCGUUAUUUGGAUUCCUCUGUGAGGAAUAGCAAAUCUCUGAAAAGUGACUUCUAUCGUUACGACAUUGAUACAAACACAUGGAUGUUACUAAGUGAGGAUACUGCUGCUGAUGGAGGGCCGAAAUUGGUGUUUGAUCAUCAGAUGUGUAUGGACUCAGAAAAACAUAUGAUCUACACUUUUGGUGGUAGAAUUUUGACUUGUAAUGGCAGCGUAGAUGACAGCAGAGCCAGUGAACCACAAUUCAGUGGCUUAUUUGCUUUCAACUGUCAAUGUCAAACCUGGAAACUUCUUCGAGAGGACUCCUGUAAUGCUGGGCCUGAGGACAUCCAGUCUCGAAUAGGACACUGCAUGCUAUUCCACUCAAAAAAUCGUUGCUUAUAUGUAUUUGGUGGCCAGCGAUCAAAGACCUAUUUGAAUGAUUUCUUUAGUUAUGAUGUGGACUCUGAUCAUGUAGACAUAAUAUCAGAUGGCACCAAGAAAGACUCUGGGAUGGUUCCAAUGACAGGAUUUACACAGAGAGCAACUAUUGAUCCAGAACUGAAUGAAAUACAUGUCUUAUCUGGACUCAGCAAAGAUAAGGAAAAGAGGGAAGAAAAUGUUAGAAAUUCAUUCUGGAUUUAUGACAUUGUGAGGAAUAGUUGGUCUUGUGUCUAUAAGAAUGAUCAAGCUGCAAAGGAUAAUCCAACUAAAAGUCUUCAGGAAGAAGAACCAUGUCCAAGGUUUGCCCAUCAGCUUGUAUACGAUGAGCUACACAAGGUUCAUUAUUUAUUUGGUGGGAAUCCAGGAAAAUCUUGCUCUCCAAAGAUGAGAUUAGAUGACUUCUGGUCACUGAAGUUGUGUAGACCUUCAAAAGAUUAUUUACUGAGGCAUUGCAAGUACCUCAUAAGAAAACACAGGUUUGAAGAAAAGGCCCAAAUGGAUCCCCUUAGUGCUCUGAAGUAUUUGCAAAAUGAUCUUUAUAUAACUGUGGAUCAUUCAGACCCAGAAGAGACAAAAGAGUUUCAGCUCCUGGCAUCAGCUCUAUUCAAAUCUGGUUCAGAUUUUACAGCUCUAGGCUUUUCUGAUGUGGAUCACACCUAUGCUCAAAGAACUCAGCUCUUUGACACCUUAGUAAAUUUCUUUCCUGACAGCAUGACUCCACCUAAAGGCAACCUGGUAGACCUCAUCACACUGUAACUGAAGAGUCACUGGACACAGAAAUGGAAAACAGGAGUCGAUUUUCCAUCUUUUGGAUUGCAGCUCCAUUGACUGACAGUAAAGCUGCAGUGAUUGAGGACUGCACCAGAGUUUUGAAGGGAUCUUAACCAUCACAAGUUUUUACCCUCUUCCUUCAUGCCUGACCUCAACCCUGCUCUCCUCAUCCUAUUCCUAAAUUAGGCUAAUAAAGUGAAAUUGGUAUACUUUCCAGUUAAAUAUAUAUAUAUAUUUUUCUUACUUUAUCUUUUAAGAAUUAAUGAGUAUAAAAGAAAAAUUAGGCAGUUUACCCUUUCAGAUUUUUAUUUCUUUUUUUUAAUUGGGGGAAAUAAGCACUAUUAACAGAUUCGGCACUACAAGUAUUUUGAAUGUUGUUGCUGUUGGUCAUUUGACCUGCCUUCUCCCUUCCCAUUUCACUUCACCUCCCAUCACACAACUGCGUGUAAGUGGUGUCACUUGUUUACCUCUUUACUUCAUUCUUAACAAGUGUAUAGUUCUCUAGGACAGUUGAUGUAUGUUAAGGUGAUAUCUGUGUCUGUGUUGACUUGUUUUGUGUUACGUUAAACAGUAGGCAGAACUGAGGUCUCAAGUUUGCACUCUUGGCCAUAAAACUAAACACGAAACCUGAGAUUGACCCUAGCACCUAUCUGAGAUUGGUAUAUAAUAUUUCUGUAAUGAUAUAUUUUAUAGUAGAUAUUACAGUAGCAUCUGACUUUGAGUCACAGAAACCUUAAACUGAGGAGACAAUAGUUCAGAACCUUUAAGAGCCAUUCUAAAAAUGACCAGCAGGAGGGAUCGAGUAGUGAAUAAUAUCUUCAUAGCAAUUUUAGGAGAAAAUGACUCUUUCGUCCAGAAGAGCUCUGCAGAACCAGGGCUCCCGUUUCUCUUGUGCUGUCUCUGUAGUAUUUUCAUUUGAGAGAGGAGGCUGGGUUUCCAGAGCUUUGCUUUCAUUUAUUUUUAUAUGCAUUGUCUCUCUAUAUCUGCUUGUGGAUAUUGAUAUUUUAAAGAGAAAUGGUUUGUGGUUGUCCAGUGGUAUACAACUGACAGGCAUUUCAUUAAGCACAUAGACCAGACUUUGUGAACAGUUCAAAUAUUUUUUCAUUAAAAAACAAGGUAUGGCAGAUGCACUUUUCCACAGGUCAGUUUUUUUUUGUGAGAGAGAGAGAUACAUAUCUUCUGAGAAGGUGCUGUGGAAUGCAAUGUGGGGAACCUGCAUCUGGCUAGUGCUUACAUUUGCUCAAAAACCAUGUUGUGUGAAGCUGACCACCACCAUGCUAAAGCAGACUCGUAUUAAAGAAUUGUCAGUCGAUCCAGUGGCUCUUAAGAGUGAAUAGCUUUAUGGAAUCAAGUAUGUCCCUGAGUAGCAAGAUUAGGCCUCACCAAAGAAGAAAUUAACCUGCAGUUUCAAAAAGUGUCAUGUAUAGGAAUGAAACAUUGAGGUCCCACUUUAUUCUGUCUUUAGUACAUGGUUUUACUUCUUUUGGGGAUUGAUGGGAAUGUAUUUUUGUUAGUUCUAGGCUUGAAUCAUGGGCUCCUUGGCUUUCCUAGCAUCCCAAAGCAGUCAACAGUGAUUUCUUAAGCAAUUUGAUCUGUACCUUUACUUGUGAAAGGUAUGCUAUAUAAUUCAGCAAGUACCAACUUGUGUAGCUGCAGAAUAACCAAGUGGCUAUCCAGUCAAGCAAAUACAGUUUACUUACAUACUUGAACAGUUUCAUAAAAUGAUUCCCCUGAGUGACACAAGAACAUAAAAUGUUAAUAUCACUAAUAUAGCCUGUUAAAUCUUUUGGGAGACAGGUGAAAAUCAGAAGAUUGACAAGGAAGAACUUGAACUUGCUAAGACUCCUAAAUUUAAAAGCUCUAGUUUUGCUUAGUAUGAAUUCUGGCACUUUAAAAAGAUUAAGCAAGCGAAAUCCUGCUGCCCUCCACCAUUUAUUUUUACAGUGCUUCUUUGUAAUUGUUUUCAUCAGUUCCUUAAAUGUUACUUGGAGGAAACUAAGUUCUUGACCUCAGUAAUUUUAUUUUUGUUUUUCCCUAAUUGCUUCCCUACUAGUUUUUUUGGAAAACAUAUUUGUUUUAAUUUCAUCUUUCCUCACUUUAUUUAGGUAAAAUUUUCCCCCUUCAUUUCUGGAAUUUUUUGCUCACCGCCAUGUUUAAAUGGGGUUGAAUCAUAGCGAGCCAUUUGCUCUUGCCAAAGUGAGAUAGAUGUACUGAGGAGAUAAUUGAAAAGUCAGACACGGUACUGUGGGGCUUUAAUGGGAGCACUACUGGAAAUGAUUGCAGAGAAUGUAGUGCUUCAUAUAUCCAUGACCAAGAUUGACAUGUUGCUCACAAGAUGUCACUAUUUAGUGAGGACCCACAUGUAUUUCCAAGAAUUCCAGCAUUGACUAUAAUUUAAAUAAUCGAAUUUGGUAUUUAGGUACACUGUUUAUAUAGCCAAGUGUAUAUGCUUUACUACCUAACAAUUAUUUCAUUCUAGCCUAGGUGAAUCCCUAAUUGAAACACCUGGCUAACACUUCAGACACAUGAAUUAAGUGGGAUACAGUUUGCUCAUUUGUAUUAUCUCCAACUUCAACCUCAUUCUUCCUUUUUCCUAGUAUAAUACAUUAUUUUCAACCAGAAAUUAAACUAGAUAUCCAACAUUAUUUUCAGUGCUUGUACUUCAUGAGAAAUAAUCUGAUUUUCAAGAUACCUCUUAAGUGUAUUUGCAUUUUAUUUUGGUAAUGGCAGAGACCUCAUGUGGCCAGUUUGAUUGAUUCAAGAAUAUAUCACUCUUAUUCAAACAAAGGAAUUCAGACUUGAAUGCCUACCUCUGUGCUGAAGCUGACAGACAGUAUUAACUCUUAUCAAGGCCAUCUUUUAGACCUGAUUCAUUUAUAUGAAAACAGACCUGUCCAUGUCUAAUAAGUAAAAACUGAUAGAAUACAUUAAAAAGUCACUGGCUUAUCAUAGAAAAGUUUGAUGGGUUUAGAGCUCAGUGAUUUAAGCUUCUAAAACUGCAUUCUUGGGCAAAGUAUGUAUAUUGUAUAUAAAUAGUUGGCAGCUUAUUCCAGUUGGUCUCUUCACGUCUGCUUUUAAAGUGCUAUGUAGAGAUACAUUAACAGAGGUAUAAUAAAACAGUGUUUUAAAAUCUAGCCUGUAAACAAAAGCUAGUUUGAGGCACCCAAGCAUUUAGUGAGAGAUAAGCACGAAUGCUUAAUGGAUCAAAAAAGCACUUAGGAGUAUGUUCCUGAUUUUAUUCUCUAAAUUAUACUCAAUUUCAUGGUAAUUACAUGAAGAAGUACCUACAAUUAUUCUUAACACUACAUGGAAUUCACUGGGUAAUUGUGGGUCACUUAUUUCCUGAAAGUCACGUGAAAUCCUUAGCUGGUUGAAUGUUGCACAGUAUUUGUGUGUUAUGGUUUAAAGUGAUUUCUGUGGGAGGGAAUCAUUACAACGUAUAUUCUAAAUAAAGUCAUCUAACUAUUAAAAAAAAA